AUGUUUGCUAGAAUUGCUUCCCACAAAAGAAUCUUAAUUCCAACUUUAGUUGCUGUUUCGGCCGCUACAGCUUUUACUCUUUAUAACUCUACUUCCCGUAGUUUCCAAUCUGAAUCCUCAGCCAAGAAAGUUUUUAUUGGUGACAAUGCUUGGAUUGAUUUACCAAUUUCUAAAAUUGAAUCUUUGUCUACAGAUACCAAGAGAUUCACAUUUAAAUUACCAACUCCAGAUUCGGAAACUGGUUUAAUUGUUGCUUCUGCAAUUUUGGCCAAAUAUGUUACUCCAAAGGGUUCCAACGUUAUUAGACCAUACACUCCAGUUAGUGAUAUCCAUAGUAAAGGUGAGUUUCAGUUGGUUAUUAAGCAUUAUCAAGAGGGUAAAUUCACCACACAUUUGUUUGGUUUGAAAGAAAAUGAUACUGUUUCAUUUAAAGGACCAAUUGUCAAAUGGGAAUGGAAACCAAAUCAAUUCAAAAGUCUUACUUUAUUAGGUGGUGGUACUGGUAUUACUCCAUUGUAUCAAAUGAUUCAUCACAUUGCAGAAAAUCCAGAAGAUAAAACCAAAAUCAAUUUAAUCUAUGGUAGCAAGAGUCCAGCCGAUAUCUUAUUGAAAAAAGAAUUGGAUGAAGUUGCUGCUAAAUACCCAGAACAAGUUAAAAUCACUUAUUUCGUUGAUGACAGUGCUUCUGCUACUGACUACCAAGGUAAAACCGGCUACAUUACCAAAGAAUUUUUACAAGAAAACAUUGCUAAGCCUGCUGCUGACAACCAUGUUUUCAUUUGUGGUCCUCCAGGUUUCAUGACGGUCUACUCAGGUAAAAAAGUUGGUCCAACUGAUCAAGGUGAAGUUACUGGUAUCUUGAAAGAACUAGGUUUCACCAAGGACGAAAUUUUCAAGUUCUAA